CAACAACAAACACAGGCGCUCGGUGCAACACACAAACACAGGCGGACACAAGCAAACACACAAACAUACACCCACGAGAGCGCGCACGCACACACAUGCAAGCAGCGACGCACAUGUGAGCAAAGCAACACAAAAAAAUAAACGAAAAUUAAAUAAAACCAACAAAAUAAGAGCAAACAAGGAAGAAAAGUGUUGAAAAUAAAAACAACAUAAAUUCUUGUGCAAGUUUCACAAAAAAAAAAUUAAAUAAAGUGAAUGGAAAAUUCAACAAGAGCUGUGAAGAACUAUUUAAAUCAUUUCUCUAAAUUAACAAUAAAAAGGCCUCCUUUUAUCAACAAUAUUUCAAUAAUGUUAAUAAAUGCCCCCCAAAAUAUAAGCCAAAUAUAUCAAGUAUAACAAAUGCAAUUGGAAAAUCAUAUUUAUAAAUAAAUAAUUAACUAAAUUAUAUAGAAAAACUUCAAUUUAUACAUCAGCAUUGUUAUCCCAAAAUUUUUCUUGUAUUUUUCGCCUUUGUUUGAUUUUUAUGCAUUAUUUCCUGGUUACCCAAUUGCUUACCUAGCAACCCCCCUUACCUCAGGUCCCCCCUCUGUCUAGUUGCUAGAAAAACAGCUGCUGAUUAAGAAAUUUCGCCGUUUUCCCCCUAUUUUUAUCAGCUGAUAUAUACCGCCCACUUAGCCAGCCCCCUUCUUGCACCUGGAAAAGACACACAAACACACACACACAGGUGACUAAUGCACUGUUCGCGCAGUUUGUCAGCUGCUGACGUCGUGGACAAAACAACAAUAACGGCAACAACGACGGCAGCGGCGUCCACAACAACAAUAGCGUCGUUCUAUAAGGCAGCGACGUCGGCGUCAGCAGCGGCUUCUGUCUGCACAACGCCAACAACAACACCGCGAAAAUCGAAAAUAAAAACAAAAGCUAUGGCCACUACAACAACAACAACAACAACAACAACGCAGCAACAGCAGCAGGGAGCAGCAACAAAUGCUAAAGAUGGCGUCACCAUGCGCGAGAAGAAAGGAGGAGCCCUGCAAAAGCUCAAGAAGAGGCUAUCGCAUAGCUUUGGCAGAUUAACCAUUUCCCGCGAAGAUGGCGACGAAUCGACGCAUCACCAUCACCACCAUCAUCACCACCGAGGAGGACAUGGCGGGCAUCACAACCACGGUAACAAAGUUCCAUACAACGGCUACAAUUCGGAGGAAUACUUGGACAGGCUAGAACCGAAUGGCAAUAUACCCGCUGACAAGACAAAUUGCAGAUAUGGAGACUGGCGCAGCACGGAUAGCACCGACCACCAUGAUCGCGUCCAGAGACAACUGUCCGUGUCCUCCGACAGCAAGCUGCUGGAUGACGACAUCCGGGAGGAGAUGAAGUACCAUUCGCACGUGGUCAUGCGUCCCAAGAAGCCGCCCAGACCCAAGUCCGAGGUCUUUCUUAACAAGCAGGAUCCGCAUCCGCGACGCAAACGAUUCAGUGCAUUUGGUGGCGACUCCCCAUUUGGCAAGCAGGAGGCCUACGUGAAGCUCGAACCGCUGGGCGAAGGCUCCUAUGCGACAGUCUACAAAGGAUUUAGCAAAUUAACCUACCAGCGGGUGGCACUGAAGGAGAUCCGACUGCAGGAGGAGGAGGGAGCUCCCUUUACCGCCAUUCGCGAGGCCUCGCUGCUGAAAGAACUGAAACACAGCAACAUUGUCACGCUGCAUGACAUAGUGCAUACGCGCGAGACGCUGACAUUUGUCUUUGAAUAUGUGAAUACAGAUCUGUCGCAAUAUAUGGAAAAACAUCCGGGCGGCCUGGACCAUCGCAAUGUGCGCCUGUUCCUCUUCCAGCUGCUGCGCGGACUCUCCUACUGCCACAAGCGGCGUGUCCUGCAUCGCGAUGUUAAGCCGCAGAAUCUGCUCAUCAGCGAUUGUGGUGAACUGAAGUUGGCCGACUUUGGUUUGGCCCGGGCCAAGAGCGUGCCCAGCCACACCUAUUCGCAUGAGGUGGUCACGUUAUGGUAUCGUCCACCAGAUGUCCUGCUGGGCAGCACCGAGUACUCAACCUCGCUGGACAUGUGGGGCGUGGGAUGCAUCUUUGUGGAAAUGGUUACCGGGAUGCCAACGUUCCCGGGCAUACGUGAUACCUACGAUCAGUUGGAUAAGAUAUUUAAAUUGCUGGGCACGCCCACCGAGGACACGUGGCCGGGUGUGACCCACUUUCCUGGCUACAAGCCGCACAAGUUGGGUUUCUAUCGACCGCGGAAACUGGGUCACAACUUCCCACGGCUGUACGACAUCAUCGAGGGCGAGACGAUAGCGAACGCCUUCCUGCAGCUAAAUCCGGAGCAGCGUUUGGGCGCCGAUGAUGCACUGCAGCAUCCGUACUUUGCGCAGUUGCCAAAGAAACUCUACGAAUUGCCAGACGAGACCUCAAUUUUCACGGUGGAAGGCGUGCAGCUUUAUACGGAGCCAAAUCGACAGAAUAAAUGAAAAUUAAAGCAAGUCCUCUCUGUGGAUGGCGUACGUUUCUACUGUUAGGAUAUAGCCCAGUCCUCAAUAUCCACCCAUCACCGAUCGAGCUCCUGUCCUAACCGAACUGUCAAUCAACCUAAUAUCGCAUCAUCGACAGCCAUAAAAGAAAUAUAUAUAAAUGUAUGAGAGAUGUGUGAGAAAAAGAGCAACUUCUACCGAAGUUUUGUACUAUAAUUCUAUGAUACAUUUUAGUUACUAUUCGUUAGUUAUAUUAUUCGAUUUAGCAGAGGAGUGUGUGUGGAGAGAGGCGGCAUUUUUUUAUAAUUUUCAGUCAGAAUUUAGCUUAGAUUUCGCCAUCAUCCUGCAGCCGCAAAAAGGAUACUCAGUUUAGUCAGUGUUUUUUCUGUAUUUUCAUUACAUUUAAAAAUAGGGUAUUAUUUUCUUGUAUUUGUAUUUCGUUUCCAUUCUCUUUUUCUUUGAAUUUUAUUUGUAAUUUAUAUUUAAGCAAGUGCAAUUCGUAGAGAAUUAAUGGCUUGGCCUUUGUCUAAAAAAAAGCAAACAAUUAAUCAAAAAUUUAAGAAAUCUACAAAAGAAGCCUCAUCAAUAUUUUGUUAGCUUUAAUUUCCAACACACACACACAGCUCUUUUAAAAUUUUAUGUUUAUUAAUGUAUAAUUUUUCGUCAUUUAUAAUUUUUGCUGCGCUGUUUAAGUGAUAAUUUUGUAACUAUUAAAUGAAUUUAUGUAAAAAGCAAUUAAAAACAAUCUAAAGAA